UGCUUGUUGAAUAAGGGCGUGUAAGUUGAGCGAUCACUCCCGGUUCUGCGUGCUGUGUGCUGAUGAGGCUGGGUCGCGCAGGUACAAACCCUCGAAAUACGAGCAGCCAUUCAAGGGAAAGAAGACGGUACGUAAGAUCUGAUGGGCCCUCCGACGCGAAGCCAAGGAGGAACUUGCACAACAUUCUAGUGUACACGAAGAGCUUGGAGUUGUGCCGUCAAUCUAACCUCUCGAAAUGACACUCGACGAUUCUUUUCCACAGACUCCAGGCUAAUGUGCGCUCUUGUGUUCAGUUCACCAUUCUCUACGAAGGCGUCAACCGCAACGGCUUCGGAUUUGAAGAAGUGAACGGCACAGUGCAAGAGGAUGUCGUGAGCUCGGGAGGCUUGACAUACAAAUCGCAGGCCAUGGGCAACGUUUCCUCGUGGAAGUACAUUGAUGUCCCGACACUGCCGUACGCCAAUCAAGGAAAAGGGAUCAUCGGAUUCCUGGGCUCGGGCGCCUCGUCGUUCAAGCCCCAAGCGCCCUCGUGGUUCGCCAACCUGGCCCGCCACAACCUCAUCUCCGAGCACCGCUUUGGUCUUGCGUUCGGCACAAGCGGCAAAGGCCAGAUCGUUAUUGGCCAAGUCGACACCAACUUGAUCGACGGCCCCUUCACCACCGUUGAGCGAGUGGCGGUCAACGGCUCGUACGAAGGCUCCUACACCGUCCUGGGCGACUUCACCGUCAACGGCACCAUCUUCGCCAAGGACCAGGUAAUCAUCAUGGACGUGGGCACCGACAACAUCCAAGGCCCGCUCAGCGUCACGAAGAAAAUGUUUGACAGCUUCGGCUGGCAAACCAAUCUCAAAGUCAAGCCGCCCCCACCCGGCGGCUUCAACAACGGGCAAGGCUCGGCGAAAACGCUCCUAGGCUACUUCGACUGCUCCAAACCGCCAACGAUCGGCUUCUCCUUCCCCGCCACCAGCCAGCUCAAAAAGGGCCAGAAAGGAACCAACUUCAACGUCUCCCCCGACGUGUGGGAUGUGUACGAGCACAAGCACGAUGCGGGCAACUGCACGUCCAUCCUGGGGGGCAUCAACGCGCUUGGCACCACGUGGCUGCUGGGCCAGUCGUUCUUUGCGGGGCAUUAUAUUGAUUUCAACGUCCAGAAUGAGACGAUUAGUUAUGCGAAUUUGAAGGACUCGUCGGGGGGGUCUUGAGGGCUGAUCUACGGGGAGGGUGAAGGGAAAUGAUGUGUAUAUGAUGUUAAUGUAGUGCGCAUAUUGUUAAAGACAUUCCGGAUGAGAUGCGUC